AUGGUUUUACCAACUGCCAACCCCACCAAAUCCUAUUGGAUCGAGGCUGCGAAGUCGCCGUUGCGCAACUUCCGCUCCAGCGAGGCGUUGCCAGAGGAGACCGAUGUGGCAAUAAUCGGCGGUGGCUACGCCGGCGCAUCGACAGCUUACUGGAUCAACAAAUACACGGAGAAUGCUUCCAGGCAGCCUCAUGUGACUCUCCUAGAAGCUCGUGACAUUUGCGGAGGUGCCACCGGACGCAAUGGAGGACAAUUGAGGCCGCAUGCUUAUUCUCGCUAUGCGAAAUGGUCGAAACGGUUUGGCUCCCAGGGUGCCAUGGAGCUUAUCGAACAUGAGAUGGCUCAUUUGCCGGCAUUUAAGAAUCUGACUGAGGAAGAAAACAUCGCGGAAGAGGUCUGUCUCAAGUUCGGAGAAACGUUCGAUGCUGCCAUGACCGAUGAGGCCUGGACGAGGCUCAAGGGCGCACUUGACGCCAUGCGGAGGGAUCAUGGUGACGAUAACGAGAUUGUCAAAGUAUGCAGAGUGAUCGAAGACGCACGGGAGGCGGAGGAGUUUACGCAGAUGAAGGGUGCUCUGGCUGCAGUGGUGCAUCCUGCAGGGCAAAUAUGGCCAUACAAAUUGGUGCACGCGCUUUUGCGCAUCGUUCUGCAGAAAGGCAAUCUCAAUCUGCAAGCUCAUACUCCAGUCACGGAUGUUUCAGCGCGAGACGCCGAGGGUUGGAUCACAGUCAAGACUGAGCGCGGAACCAUCCGUGCCAAAACCGUCGUCCACACGACAAACAGAUGGGCUUCUCAUCUUCUCCCUGAGUUCACUAAGCUUAUACUGCCCGACAGAGGGGCUAUUGCCGCGAUUAAAGCGCCCCCGGGAUUCAUAAAGCACACUGGUGCCCAGCAUUGGGACUCAAUGGUCAACAAUUAUCAUCUCCAGCUACCUCCACCCUACAACACCAUCAUCAUUGGAGGAGCAAGGCAACUUCUUGUCCACAAGCCAGGAGAUUGCUUUCCCAACGAUAAAGAAGAUCAGCAGAUUGCCGGAGCCGCUGCAUUCUACGAAUCUUGGGGUGCCUCAGACGUCGCAGGCUCGCCGGAUGAAGUUCCCGCGGGACUCAGCAAGGAAGUCAACGAAGGCGGAUGCUGGACUGGAAUGCAAACCGAAUCUGCAGACGCGUUUCCGUUUGUUGGUACGGUGCCACAGCGGCCGGGUCACUUUAUUGCCGCCGGAUUCGCGGGACACGGUAUGCCUCGUGUGUUGGGUUCAGCUGCUCACAUCACGCCUCUUGUUCUGGAGUCGCUUGGUUUCGAAUACAGCCAGCCCCUCAUUGCCGCUUCAUUCCCUCCACUGCCUCAACCGUUCCGCACCACCGCUGAACGGAUUGAGAGACUCCAGGAUACGAGCCUCAGUGCGCUCGCUGAGGAGUACAGGCAGAGAUGUGGGGAGAGUGCGCAGAAGCCAUUUUGCAAUACUGCGAGGGUCAUGACUGUUCUUGGGAUUCCUCCUUCAUGGGAUGAUGGCCAGCAGGUCAUGGCUCAGCUAUGA